AUGUCAAGAAAGCAACCCUUUGGCCAUUAAUAGAACGCAAAUUUUGGAACUUCACAAUAAAACUCUUUUUCAUAGACCCAGCAAACAUUUCGCUAAAUCAAACCAACAGUCUAACCACCCCAUUUCAUGAAUACUUCAAUGAGUGGUCAUGGAAUCAGUCAUGGCUAUCUCAAUCAAAAUUCAUAGAAUCAAAGCGCAAACAUUAACGGUAACAUAAACACAAGUGGUAAGGGCACAUUCGAUAAGCAAUCGAAGAAGGAAAACGAUUUUCAGAAACUUAACAAGCAAAGCACGAUGCUCUAUCUUCACCAUCACAAUAAUUAAAGUAACAUCGUCAACUUGAGUUCCCAAGGCACUGCUCUAACUGGCUCUCUGAUUACUCAUGAUAGCAAGAACAGCGGCAAUAACAGUAAUUCGUUUUGCAUCUCAAAGAAUCCAUACCAAGGAGAGAAUCAAAAUUCUUCAAGAGGCAGUUCAUCUCAUCUGAACGUUCACCAAUAAUUGCCUUUAAAAGAGAUGCAUCCUCAUGAAGUUGAAAAUAGAACUCAAAAUCAUCAUCAUAAUUUACCCUUACCCCAUCAACUCAAUUAUCACUAAUAGCAAUAAUAAGCUGCAAUGCAUGAGUACCAAUCGUUCAAUAACACAGCUACUGGCCCAUUAAUGAACCCAUCUCAUGUUUCUAAUAAUAAAAAGAGUGGAAAGAUGUUCAUGAAGGAAACGCUAGGAUCAAGAAGAAACUCACAAGAUAAGGCUCACAACAACUCAAUUAUUCAUAACAACAACUCUUUAAUUGGAGGAGCCCCAGUCAUUGGUUAUGCAGCAUAGGAAAACUUAAACAAGAAUCGACCACAGACUUCUUAUAGACUCGCAACCAAGAACACAUUCUAAUCAAACAAUACUUCUCUGUCUAAUAUUCACUCUAACUCACAAAAUAAUCUUCACUAAGGUCAAAACCACCAACACUUACAACCUAAAAUACUGAUCAAUAACAUGAAUCAGUUAUAAAACAAAGAAAAUGUCGGUAUUCUAAGCAAUGCAAACAUACCUCAUCCCUAGAUUGGAGCUAAAACUCAGAUAGGAAGUUUUUAAAAGCAUAUUGAGUCAGUUCCUUAAAUCGAGCAUUUCCAUUCAAAUGAAAUUUAGAAAGAAACCCCGCAUUUAGGACUAUCUGAGAUUGAGAGAGAAAACUAGCACGUAACUUUAAAUUAUGGAGAAGAUAUUGAUGAGUAUCAAAGAGAACUUGAAACAUUUUUCAACACUCAAAAUAAUCUGGUCAGACAUAAAAUAACUCCAGCACUAAGAGCAAGAAUGGUUGAUUGGAUGAUUGAAGUCCUCACUAACUUUAAAUGUGACGAUUAAACAUUUUUCCUGGCUGUAUCUCUACUUGAUAGAUAUUUCAAAGGCAAAUAAGAAACCAGAGAAGUAGGUGAUUUACAUAUAAUUGGAGUUACUACCAUGUUUAUUGCUAGCAAGUAUGAAGAUAUCUAUCCUCUCAAAAUGAAAAUGGUUUAUGAGAAGAUUGCUCAUAAAAAAUUAAGCAUCGAGAAGAUCAAAUCCCUAGAAAUGGAUAUCUUAAGAGUAAUAAAUUAUAGAAUUAGCGCACCAACAUCUCUAGACUUUCUGAAAGUUUAUCUAAAGCAAGUAUUGAAUAUUGGUAAAUGCGGAAAGAGUUCCAAGAAAGAUAAAGACGAGAAUCAGAUGCAAGUUUCUCCGACUAGACAACAAAAUUCAGAGCCGAUUCUGAUAGAAAAAAUGUCAUUGUACCUAGCUAAAAUGGCCCUUCAUGAUUAUGAACUUUCUGGAAAACAACCCUCACUACAGGCUGUUGGAUCACUCUAUGUUUCACUAAAAAUCUGUGAACAAUUAAAAAAGAUUUCACUGAUAACUAUAGACAUUGUUCAAAAACUGGUAUAAGUUAGCAAAGCUAAGGAGGAGGAUAUUAUUGAAGUAUCACAAAGGGUGCUUUAUUUGGCAUAAAACUUUGACAAGGCUUUCCCAGGCCUUGAGAAUUUAAGGAAAACUCAUUUCGUCAAUAUCACAUAGCUGCUGUGA